AGUGAAUCCGUUCAGAUAUGGUCGAUAUCAAUUAUGAGUUCCCUGCUAUUCCCAAGAAGUUUAACGAGUUCGUAAUCAAGCCGGAUCAGGUCCAGGUCAGCGGAGAAAUGUGGGAGUCUGCGUUAUCGCUUCAGAACACCAGCCAGUGUGGAAUACUUUACAAGGUGAAAUGCACAUCAAAUGCCCGUAUCGAGAUAGACGACUGCGCUGAUAUUCUUCUUCCAGACAAAGAAGUACAGGUACUGUUCAGAAAGAAGUCCGCAGGGAAGGAGCAAGAUCAGUUGAUUGUACUAUUUUGUCUUGUAGGAAAGCAGUGGAUGAGUGAAAAUUCAAAUGCGUUCAGAUGUUGGGAACGAGUAAAGAAACAAGAUGUCAUUGUCAAAAGAAAAAUCAUUGAUGUUAUUGAAAAAUAAUGGAAAGC